AUGGCUGCGGUGUCACAAUCUGGUGUCUUCGACAUUGUCGUGGUUGGAGCUGGUCUUUCUGGGCUGCCUGCUGCGCAUCUUCUCCAAAAAUUAGGUCUAUCAACAAUAGUCCUUGAGGCUUGCAACCGAGUUGGGGGCAAGACACUGACAACAGACCGUGUGGAUGGAAUAACAAUCAGGCAAGAAUACGGCACAGCGUGGUUCAACGAUACGACGCAAAGUCACAUAUGGGCGCUUGCCCGAAAAUUGGGAAUACAGGGCUUAGUACAAAAUUCUGAGGUCCCCAAUACUUUUGCUCGUUCGGACACUACUGAGUUGACCAAGUACUCAUCUGAAUUUGACACAAAUCAACGUAUUGCAAUCCGCGAUCUGAUCGAAAAGGUGACCACAGAUCCAGGUGGCCCACUUCAGUCACCCUCGCAGCGCAAAGAAUUGGACACUCAAACGUUUGAAGGUUAUCUGUACCGCAAUGUCAACGGCAGUACUCGAGCCUACGCCACAGCGAAGGUGUGGUCGCAAACCCUGAUCGGCUGUGAUCCUGGAGAGGUCUCUGCUUUGUUUAUUCUUGACUACAUUCGAGUUGGAGGUGGGUUAAUGCAGAUGCGACGCGAUAAACGGGGCGAUGGUCAAUACAUGCGCAUCAAAGACGGUGUUUCAGCAUUCCCGGAGCCGCUUGUCCAGCGUCUUGUUCCAGGAAUAUUGAAGUUAAAGUCUCCCGUAACAAGCGUUACGGAACUGAACGAUUCAGGCUGUUCUUUGGUCAAUACAUCUGGGACCGAAGCGGGUGAUCAUGAGUAUUUCAACUCCUGUCUAUCGAACUAUACCUUCUCACCACGUUUAUCGGCUGCCAAGCGUGCUUAUGUCGAUGGGACGCGAUACCCCCAUUACAUCAAAUAUCUCGUAGUUUUCAAUAAGCCUUUCUGGAGGGAUAAUGGCUAUUGUGGCUUGUCAAUGUCUCUCACAGGCGCAGCCUGUGUGUUCCGAGAUGCUAGCAUCGAAGAAGGCGAUGGCCAGAGCUAUCGCUUCACCGCAUUCAUCGCCGGGUUUUCCGCCAGAGCCUGGUCUUUUCUUCCCCGCUCAGAGAAGCAAAGCAGUGUGCUCAAACAACUCAGCCAGAUGUUCAAUGGCGGCAAGGAUGUCACUCCAUGGUUCAUUGAAGCCCUCGAGUCGCGAUGGAUGACCGAGCAGUAUUUCUGGCUGGGGCUGCCCUAUCCCUAUACUACCACCAGAAGUUUUCAAUAA